AGAAAAACAAUACAGUCGCUGUGGCCUUGUAAACCGUGUCUCUUCACUGUUUGCAUAUUGGAUAACUGAAAUAAAGCAACUCUGGCACACGUUAAUAGCGACUUCAGGGGGAGUAAUGGCGUCGCGGCGUUUAUAAGGUUAUAGCGUUAGCAAACAGGCUAACAAUGCUAACGCUGGGCUGUGGGUAAUACCUGGAAUGUCUCGGAACGCCCUCCAGUGCUGCCUGUCACUUAACCGGUUUACCUCCUAACGCUAGCACCCGGCUAUUUAUAGUCAGUGUGUGUUGCCAUCUGUGGUGGACUAAAUGUUGUAAUGUGGAUAUAAACCCCAAACUUGGCAAGGCCAAAGGUGAAAAGCACAGCUUGUAGCGAAGCUAAAGUGUAGGAGCAACACUCAUUGCAAACAGCGUCCGUGUUAUUUCAUGUUGUUGGCGUUGCUUGACGUUCAUUUAGGCGCGUAGAGGAAAAAUGUCAGCCAGGAGGCGAUGCUUCGUUGUAGCCGCUGCUUACCAGCGCUCUUUCUUAAUCCAAUAAGAUUUGUUUGUCAUUAUGUAGGCCUAAUAAUGUGGAAGAAUAAAGUGAGAACUGCGGCGACAUUGUUUGUCAGGAGAGAUGACUCAUGCGGGUUGGAGCGCAUUAGCAGGCUAACUAUAGCCAGCGAGCUAAACCUCCCUCGGCUUUAGAGAACAGCCAUUGGCGCCGACUAUUUACUGAAAAGGGUCAGAUGGGUAUAUGUGCUAACUGGUUAACAUAAGCAAAGAACGCAUUGGGGCUACUUGCAUUUCAAAAGUAUUGCAUGCCGGAAAUCUUACAUUCAUUGGACAAGUUAGCUGAUUGUGAGCCACAGAUUCAGAGGUGGGGUAAAAUAUAGGUCACACAACAUUUUCUCUGGUUUCGCACACACACAAACGAUCAGUAUAAGCCAUGCGGGUUUGUGUCAGAGCGGUGAUUGUCGAUUCAGGAAAUAAUCGUGGUUGUUUGCUGCCGGCGUUUCGGGUGAUAUCCCGUGCAUGUGUGUUCCGCGCAGCGACAGCGAUGCUACACCUGUUCAGUGUAACAGGCCCAAGCCAGACAGAGGAAAACCUUUGUCUGCUAACGUUAUAGGAUUACACAUCUUACAGAGGGUACAGUGUGAUGGUAAAAGCGUUAAGUGGCUUGAUCUGACAUCAGGUUCUCACCUAGCCUGGCUUUAGCUAUUCUUGUUAUGUUAUGAUAAUAGAUUGUAGAUGCAGCAAAAUAUUGUUGAAAACCUUUAUAACAUCUCACUUAUUUAUUUAAAAUUGUAUAUAGUCUGUUUGACCGUUCAGAUUGACUGAUAUGAAAAACGUGUUUUCAUGCCUUACAUUUGAUCAUAUUGUUUAGUUUAUUUUGGAUUGUUCACUUUAUGUAAACUAAAUGUGAUCUAAUUCUUCCAGGAACGUCUGAUAGGAUUAUAUGGUUAAGUUUAGUGUGCUCUGUUUGGAACAUGAUUUCUCCUGGCUGGUUGACACAGAUAGAAAUUAGAAGUUAAGCUGCAUUUUUCCAGGCCAUCUUUUUCAGUUUCUUACACUCAAAUUAGUCAACUGUAAAUAGUUGUUUAGCUCACUGGAAGUUUCACCACAGCAGUUCUUUUUUUAAGUCAGACAUUUGUUUUUAUCAGCCAUGCAGCCUACAAAAUAGAAGAUGUCCAAAUAGACUUGUUUGGGUUCACAGAAUGAGUAAGCCAUAGCAUUGGGUAGCUGUAAGUCAUGAAGAAUCAGACAGACUACUGCUGCACACCUCAAGUUAGUGUUUAGAUGACCAGCCUACAUCUUUUCUUAACAGACAAGCCUGCCAUAGCGCCCCCUGUGUUUGUUUUCCAUAAAGAUAAACCACAGAAGAGAUCUGCUGAGGGCUCAAGUGCAGAGGAUGGAGAAGACUCAGAUAAAGAUGAGGGAAGCUAUACUCCCCCUGUGAAAAGGGAAAGGACCUCAUCAUUCCCACCCCCACAUUCUGUUCCUAAGAACAAUGUAUUCAUGCCCUCAAGUUUCUGCCAGUCUCCAACUGGGAACUCUGACUCUGAGCCAGAGGAGAAGCCUGUGGGGUUCCGUUUAAAGCCACCGACUCUCAUACAUGGACAGGCACCAAGUUCAGGUGUCCCUAGUCAGAAACCCAAGGAGCAGCAACGCAGUGUCCUCCGCCCUGCAGUUCUCCAGGCACCGCCCUCUAAAUCACAUCUAGAGUCCAAUUCCAGUUGUGGAACCAAUGGUGUGAAAAAGUCAUCAGAUGGUGCAUCUGUGACCCAGUCCCUCUUCCUGAACAACACAGAGCACUCAGCUACACUGGCUAAGACACCGAAACAUGAAAAUGAGGAAGAUGGCUCAAGUGCUAACAAGGACGGAGGAAGAAAUGAGAAGAAGGAAUCAAAUGUAGCAAUAUCAUUUGUGUUUGGUCAGAAUAUUAAAGACAGAGCAAAGUUGGAUGAUAACAAUACAGAAGACAAUGCAAAGGAUAGUGUGCCACUGGACUCUCAAUCAGAGGGCACAAAUUAUUUCUUACAGUACAUCUCUACCACAAGUUCAAAAAAUGCCACAAACAGUGCAGACAGUGGCGCAAAAUUUGUUUUCGGGCAGAAUAUGUCUGAACGAGUUCUGAGUCCCCCAAAAGGUGACUCCUCAAAUGAGGACAAUAAAGACAUCUCAGCUGCCCCUGUCUCAGAGCCCUCAUCACAGGAAGCCACCCCAGAGAAGGUGAACAGCGUGUCAGAGUCUUUGGAGGAGUCUGCAGCAGCGUACACCAAAGCCACAGCCAAGAAGUGCAUCUUAGAGAAAGUUGAUGUGAAAACUGGAGAGGAAUCAGAAAGCAAUGUUUUACAGAUGCAGUGCAAGUUAUAUGUUUUUGAGAAGACUGCUCAGUCGUGGAUAGAGAGAGGCCGAGGUUUGCUGAGGCUCAAUGACAUGGCAUCGACAGACGACGGCACGCUACAGUCCCGUCUAGUGAUGAGGACCCAGGGCAGCCUUCGGUUGAUCCUCAACACUAAACUUUGGCCCCAGAUGCAGGUGGAUAAGGCCAGCGAGAAAAGUGUACGAAUCACUGCCAUGGACACGGAGGACCAGGGUGUCAAGGUCUUCCUAAUAUCGGGUAGCUCUAAAGACAUAGGUCAGCUGGCUGCAGCGUUACAUCACCGUAUCUUGGCCCUGAAGAGCAGGGUGGAACCGGAGUCCGAGGCCCCGGCAACAACCAUCCCCGAGGCCGAGGUACCGCAGUCCAACGAGGAUGACAGUGAUGAGGAAGACAAUGCUUCUGCCUCCGCUUCAGCCUCUACUCCUGCUACAAGUAAUUCAGAGGGAGGAGAGAGCCAAGCAGCUGGAAGCACAUAGCAUCACUCUUGGAAAGCCUGCUGAGAUGCCCCCGUAGAAGCAUUUUGCUGCAGGUAUCUCCAUGGACACCCCUUGACCAACGUGGGUCCUCCAGACCAGUACUUUUGGAUAUUAGAAGUCUAGCUCCAGGAAAUAACCCCCUGUGCCGGAGUGUCUCACCCAACUCGUGCAGUUCAUCUUCUCUGCGUUCAGCGUAAUAUCUGGAGUCGUUUCUUCCCUCCCUCUCCUGUUUUUGUGUUUUAUUUUUGUUUUCAAGUAUUUUUUUCCUCUCCCCGAUAGCAAAAAUAAAGACUUCAAAGCUUUGGUUUGGGACUUCUCUGCUCAUCAUAUUGAUGAGUGUAAGGGUGUUUUCCUCUACAUUUUAAAGUAUGGCACAUGUUAAGACUGCAGUUUCUACUUUGGGACCUUUAUACUCACUCUACAGCCGUAUCUCUGGACUCCACACAUCCAGAGGAGCUUCAUUCACAUUGUAUUUGACUCGUCAUCUAGUUCUUUUUUUUUUUGUUUGUUUUUUUUUUUUGUUUUUUUUCCUACAUCAAGUCCAGCCUUCCUCUUACCCCCCCUUAUCCUGACCAGUCUGUGCGUUACGUUUUGGCAAAUGUAAUUUAUUUUGGGCUGUCAUUUUCAUGAGGCAUCUCAACACAUAUGUGCUGUUUGUAAUGGCUAGCCAAGACCACUCGAGUUGUCAUUAAUAGCAGUUUCUUAUAUUUCCUAUUGACCUAUAUUAUAGUGAAUAAAAGACUGAAUCAGUGCAGUUUCCGCUAAUGUGAGUUAAUCAUUUGGGGACAAAAGGGCAGUUCACCACAAUGUUUUGUCUAAAUUAUGAUAAUGUGUUAGUCAUUCAUUAUGUGGUUUUCUUUUUUCCAAAAUUUAAAACAAACUGAACUCACCAGUCGACAUUAUGCAUGUAACUGUUACUUUUCUCCUUUUUCAGCAUCCCAGGGGUUUAUUGUGUUGAUUCAUAUUUUUAUGUUGAAGCUAUUAUUUUUUUUUUUUUUUUUUUUUUUUUUUACCCAUUUACAUUUGGAAACAUUUUGAAUGAAAGAUUUCAUGUGUGGAAAAUUUGAGUGACAACUGUAAUACCCUUUGAAUGUCAUGUACAUUUUGAAUAUAUCAUUUGGUAGCGCACCAUGUUUUCUCAUCUCCAACUGCCCCCUUUACAAAAUAAACCAUUUUGGACUGAC